AUGUUCCACUUAGUAAAAAGGCAAAAUAAAAAAAAAAUGGUGAAGUAAUAAAAAGUGAUAACAAGUUCUACUAGUAGCUUUAAAAAUAGUCAAAGGGAAAAACCUAUUAAAAGGUAAAGUUUUUACUAUAAUUUUGGCUGACGUCCAGCUGAAGCUCAAGGAUGUAUAUUAAAAAAUGUGCCAGGUGUGCUACACUCUUACUUAUUGUUUGUUUUACACAAUUUUCUGUGUGGAUUUUUUUUGUGGAAAGCUGUGGUUAUUUGCCGAAUCUCUUGAAGUGGAGUCUUUUGUUCCUAAAAUAAAAACAAAUCAGUCUCAGCUCCUCUCAGCUUUCUUAUUGGAAGAAAAAUAAUGUUGUUGGUCAGACUUAAAUUAGUAAUUGGCUGUUUGGGAGUAGAAAAACUGUCCAUUCCAGCAAAGCUUUUAUGUUCAACCAUUGUAAUAAACUAGAGUUUAUAUUUAACUUUUACCAGCUUGUUGUGUCCGUCUGUGUCUGUACAAAGCAUUACCAAAAGACUGGGUUGUUUUGAACUGGUCAGUGGGAUUUUUUUCUUCUUUUUUGCUAGUUGCUUGGUCUUCAGUUUGAUAUCUGUGUAAAGACACAUUCGCUCUUCGUACACUCUUAACAAAAGUAGCAGGGAGGCAUACUGAUAUCUUGCCAGCUUCAGAACAAUGGUGCGCUCUGUUCCCUCAGUAGUGCCUGUUGGGUAAAAUUUUCACCUCAGUGGGUUCAGAUGGUUUACUCAGUCCAGACCUCAAGCCUGAACAUAAAGAGAUUCUACCUGCAAGCCUCAGCUCAGGGCACAAAGUUUUUCCCUGCAGAGGUUUGGAGUUACUGAGGUCUUUGGAGUAUACAGAGAAAACAGUAUUUUGUUACUGUUUUUGCUGAAAUCAUUCCUUCUUUCAGAACCAUUAUACAUAGUAAUCAUUUAGUCGGCCAGGAGUCCAUUUUAUUUGACAUUUAUGUAAUAUAUUACUCAGAUCAUUCGUUUCUAAUUCUUUUUUAAUUCCUUAUUUGUAAGUUUAAUUUGCCAGAACCUGUUAAAAACUUUCAGAUUAUUAUUUUUACGAGCUCGUUUAUAUCAGAGAUUGUUUGCUAAUUAAGAAGAAUGACUCCAAGCACACUCUUCUGUUUGGUAGCAGGAGUGACUGGAGCUCAGCUGUGAUGGUCCCCCAGUGAGGUGCAAUACACUAAUUGGCUCAGAACAUGUUAUUAAGCUGGUUACUCAAGACUGUUGAGAAAGUCUUUGAAAAGAUUCAGGUCCCUGUGUCCAGGAUGUGGAGCGACACUAUCAUAUCACAGUUACCAGUCUUGCACAUUGGAUGGUAUGACUUUUUUUUUUCUGCAUUUGUGAAGCUUUUAUUAUGAUGCGUCUAUGGGAAAUGAAAUGCGAGCUUGGCAGAUUCGCUGAUGUCUGCAAGGCAAGAUAUAAAUAUCUUGUCCUGUGCCAGGAAAACUCGAGCAAUUGCUCGGUACCUCCACCCCAAUUUAAAUUAGGAUAAAUGAUUUGUGAUAUGCUCCUGAAGUGAGUCCCUUUUAUUAAUUCAAGGCCAUAUAAACUCCACAGUUGAUAAUUGCAGUGCAAGAGCAUGCAUGGCUUUGGAAGCAGUUAUUGUUCAUGCAAUAACUGAGACAGGCAGCCGACUCUCCUAGGAGGAGCCACUGAAAUCCCAUGAAGAUGAAGGUCAUGUCCCAGUCGGACCUGUUGAGCUUGGCUCUCAGUGGAAACCUUAUGCUCCGGAGAGAAUGAAUGAUAAGGAAAAUAAAAGACUGAACUGCCUUUGUGCCCUAUGAACUGUGCAUGUUCUUUUUCUUGUUGAUCUGGGUUCAGAUAAAUGAGUGAAAUAGUCUUUUAAACUGUGUGUGUGCUUUUCUUUUUCUAAAGAAAAGACUUUUUAAAAUAGUUUUGGAUGUAUUUCAAUAGCAGAGGCACAACACCUAAAUAGGGAGGCAGAGAAAAUAAGCAGAGCUUUGAGUAAUUAGAAGUCAGGUCUGUUGACAGAUGUUGGACUGAGCGUGCAGUUUGACUGGCCAGAGGUCCUGGUCAGGUUCUCCUGCUGUGGAGGCGAGCUGAGGGCGUGCCAAGACAUUCCGCGUGUCACUUUCUGUACAGCCGGCCCACUUCUCUCUUAUUUAGUAAUUUCCUUUAGGGAAAAAAAAGUAAGCGGACUAAAAGGAAGUGAGAUUGCUUACUUGCUGACUUUUCAGUCAGUUCCUUUUAAGAGCUCGGGGAAGAAGGAUUGUACCUGUCUUUCUAAUACUGUCACCAUUUGAAUCUUCUUUUUAUGAAGCAUUUUUAAUUAUUUUUUUUUUUUAAAUAAUGGAUUUUACAAAAAUGCAGGAAGCAGCGGAGUGCAACAUGAAAAUGCAUCCCAUGUGGCAGGGACCCCUCGUGGUACCAGGAGGGGAUCGUCAGUCGCCAAUUGAUAUUGUCGUACGCAAGAGCAUCUUUGAUUCAAAGCUGAAGCCUCUGGUUACCAAAUACGACCCGCAUACUUGCCAACAAAUCUGGAACAACGGUUACUCGUUUCUGGUCGAGUACGAUGACACUACAGACAAGUCCACGCUACAAGGGGGCCCCAUGGAAGACAAAUUUAGGCUUUGCCAGUUCCACUUCCACUGGGGUGAGACCAACGCCUGGGGCUCAGAGCACACCGUGGACAAGAAGCUGUUCCCCGCUGAGCUCCACUUGGUCCACUGGAACUCUGACAAGUACAGUCUGUUUGAGGAGGCAGUGAUGGAGGAUAACGGGCUGGCGGUUAUUGGAGUUUUUCUGAAGGUGGGAAAGAGACACGAGGGGCUGCAGAAACUGGUGGACGCUCUGCCUGCAAUCAGACACAAGAACAGUGUAGUAGAGUUUAACCGGUUCGACCCUGGCUGUCUGUUGCCCACCAACACAGAUGACUACUGGACGUACCACGGCUCUCUGACCACGCCUCCUCUGACAGAGUCUGUUACCUGGAUGAUUAUGAAACAGCACAUAGAAGUCAGCCAUGAGCAGUUGGCUGUCUUCCGGAGCCUUCUUUUCACCUCAGCCGAGGAGGAUAUGCAGAAGAGCAUGGUGAACAACUUCCGUGUGCAGCAGCCUCUCCGGGGCCGUGCCGUCCGCUCCUCCUUCAAUCCCUUCCUGAAGGAGGCGCCAUUCACUGAAGGCGACAAGCACAACCACUGAUGCAGCUAGACCCUUUUGUCUUCUCUUAGAGUAACUCACACAGUGACCACUGUCCACACUUCCGUUGUUUUCCUUUCUUCAUGCUGUCAGAACAUGUUUUUGCUCAUCAACAUCUGAUGCUGGAAGCAGGUUUUUAGAGUGUAGCACAAUGUAGGGGGGAUGUAAGCAAACUGUUUCUGAUUGGUUGCGGUUUUUAUUUUCUUUUACAAUUUGGUUUGACUGUUGCAGACCAAAAGCCAAUAAGGGAUGCUUGCUGUGGGGAAAAAUAAUAUUGAUAAGAAUGGUAUUUAUUCUAUAUUUACAGUCUUUUCAGUUACUGUAUGUAAAGUUUGUAGCUACAGCUGUGUGUAGGGUAGAGUCACACCGAGCUGCAGGUACAAACUUCAUGGUCACAGCUACAGCAGAGAGUGCUCUGAUCUCCUCGCUGUGAUGUUUUUAUCCUUAUAAGGAGACAGGAGGUACUGUAAGUUUACAACACAAUGCCCUGGAGAUUUUACCAAACCGUCAGGGGGAACGUGCCUCCCCAGUAAAAUACUCAACAUAUCUAAAAUCAUCAGUGUUUUACCACUUGUACCACAAUGUCACUUUUUUCAUUCUUAAAGUUGUAAGAUUUACUGUUUUGUUUUUUUCCAUCUACACACUUUAAACCUUUAGUGUCGUAGCCUAUAAAGAGAUAUUUAUAUAUUAUAGUUUAUACAUCUUUGUUUUAUUCGGACAUCCUAUAAUUUAAAGAGUCUGAAAGCUGACUCUAAGCUUUGGUUCUUCUACAUAGAACCUGUGUAAUACGCACAAUCAUGCCUGGUUACUAUAGCACAUACACGCAUCCUGAUUGACCCGGAGUGUAUGUACCUGUGUCACACUGGUGCACCCCGUUCGCUUCCUUUACUCUGGCUCACAGUGAUCUCCAUUAGACACUAUAACCACCGUGCCUUUAAAUGUUCUCUGUGUGGCUCACUGCUUUUGGCAGCUUCACCCUCACCCCUCUCAGGAUGGAAAGUAUCUGUUCCCCCAAGCUAUAGCUCGGGUACAGUGGUUGGUGGUCACUCUCAGAAAUGGUGGAGGCUCAGCUGCUAUUUACUGUGAUGCUCACCUCUUACUUCCCAGACAGGUGUACUAAGAAGUGAAGAGUCAGUUUUCAGUGUUACAAAGGAAGCUCUGUUUGCUCUCUAUACCUACUUAUGGUGAACUCGUAACCUGGUCUGCAGCAGAGUCAGUUAUCAGUUCAGCUCAUUUUGGCUUGGCCAAAAACUAAAGUUGCAGCUGUCAUGGUAACCUAAAGAUAUAUUUGCAUAUAAAAUCCCAGAAUUAACAGUUAUCUUCAGCAUUGAGCUUAUGACUUAUUGGCAACAUCACUGUUGGUUUUAUUGACCUCUGAAUAAAGCAGGCAGCAGUCUGGAUUAACCACAGUUUGAGGCUUUGUUGAGCCAGCCAACACAAAGAAAGCCUGACUAUGUUGAACUUGCUUCAUAGUACACCUGUCUGGUAAUUUGAAUGAAUCGAGUUGUAAUUGGGAGGAAGCUGCUGUCUUUAUUAGUCUCUGUGGUGCAGUUGUUGUGUUUUAACAGAAGAUUAAUCGCACUAAUGUGAUAGAACAAAUCAGUCUGCUGUUUUUGGAUUGGAAGGGGUUUAAAGUUACAGUUAUAUUUAGCAUAAAAUGUAAUGUAGAAUCCACAUCAUCAUUAUUAUUAUUAUUAUUAUUAUUAUUAUUAUUAUUGAUGUUUUAAAGCUAAAGACCUUUUGCAGGAUGUACUUGGAUAGGUCACAGGAGGAUAAAUUACCUCUAAUGUUGCAGCAUGUUUUUAUUUUUAUAUACAAGGAUUCCACUAUUUCAGUUUCACCUGUAACCUAUCCAGAGGGGACCUAUUAUGCUUGUUUCCAUCGACAUAUUUUUAUUCUUGGUCUCUACUUGAGUAGCUUUGGUUAAUUCAUGGUUCAGGAUGAAUUUCUUUCUUCUGAUUGGCUGCUGUUCAUAAACAACAGGUGGGUGGGGAUUCUGCACUCACAGAGAGCUGUGUGCCAGAGUGCUUUGUCACCUGUGACAUUGUACAGGCAAAAAUAUCUGCCAUUUAGAGCAGCGAUAAGCCUGUUUUUUGUCUCACAGUGCACCAUUUAAAACUGAAUAUGAGGAUUUCAUCAUUUUAGCAUAAUUAUAUGACAGAAUAUGAAGAAAAAAAGCAUAGUAGUUUCCCUUUAAAGAUGUAAACUAGAAUAAAUUAAAAUGAUAUGCAGAUCCAGUGCAGGGACACAAAGGUUUUGAAAUCGGGAACGAUUUUAAUGCAAUGUUACAUCAUCUAGAAAGGUUUAGCAGUUGUCAUGCUUUGGCUCAUGUCCAGCAGCCGCAGUGCUCGAAAUUGGACUGUGCAGCAACGUUAGAAAGCUAAAAGGAAGUUUGAGGUAAAGUUGAGAGAGGAGGAGGGUACUGAUGGAACAAUAGAAGGAGACAUGCAUGCAGAGACCUGUCUGGCUCUGAGAUUGGUCUUAUUUCAGGACUGCAAACUGGAACAUCGCACCAUAUCUUGCCACUUCUAACGUCAUCUGUGUGCAAAGGUUUUCUCCAAUGGCAUACAGUUGCACUGAAGUGGGGUGAGAGGUCAUGGCUGUCUUAAUGAUCCCUCUGUAACAAUGCAACUAUCCAAACUUGCCCUCCUCCUGUCACCGAGGCUCACAUGAUUCUUUAACGCCCUGCUCCAUCUCCCCCGCGGGUCAUCCGUUGGCCCCCCAGUCGAAGCAGAGCACGAAGCUGCACAGCGACUGGACUUCAGUGGACAUGUAUUGAAAAGAUGCGAUGUGCACUGGGUGAUGUUAAUUGUUGUGACGGCUGCAGACUGGCUAGAUAAACAGUGAGGGGCCCGCAGAAGGCAGAAAAGAUUUUAGCGUGAAGUUGAAGUGGAAUUUGAUAAGGUGGUGUGCUUGGGGUUUUUUUUCUUCUUCUUCUUUGUUCAGUGUAUUGUACUAACACGGGAGACAAGGGACCCAGUGCUGCCUUCAUCGUGUACAGCUGUAUUUUAUUGAUGUAUUUGAAUUGUGCACCAUCAUCUGCCGUGGUUUUUCAUGGCUUUUUACUCAUGUUGUUACUUUCUUAUGCCUUUUAAAAGAAAAUUGCAGUGCUGUUAAUAUUAACAUAUUACAAUGCACACACUCAGUCAGUGCAGACUGAUUAUUUAAAUGGAUUGAUCUAUCAAAGUAUGAGGCGCUAGAAAUCUGUUUUUGGUGCUUUUCUUGAUUGACUGCUAAAUAUUAUAUAUAUUUUUGCAUCAAUGAAAUCUAAUAGAAUAUAAAGUCUUCCUCUUUUUGUGUUUUAAUCCAUAUCAUUGCCUGCUUUUCUAAUCAUGGAGAUACUACAGGUCCUACUGUACUUUAUUAAAAAAUAUUUUGCAUCUUUACUUCAUCUUUCCUAGUCUUCUGUGGCUCACUGUGAUGUUUUAGCAGGUGUAUGAUGUGUACACUGUAUGCAGUGCAUAUUUUAGCUGUUUAUUUGUUGAGUGUGUAGCCCACAUUCCUGCCCUGCAGGGCCCUGCUAGGCCAUCCAGCAGUGCAUGUUGGAAGACCCUCCUGAUCCUCAGGUGGCGAUAUUGAAAACCACCCAACAUCGAUGGAAACAUGAUUGUAGUUAGACUGAUGUUAAUAAAUGAUGUAAAAUAAUAAAGUAUCAUGUGAUGUAAAAAUG